AUGCUUGCUGCAAUUUAUUUACACUGGGAUGGACUUUACACAACAUACCACAGAUUUUUUUCGCAUCUUCAAAGUAAGUUAAAUGUUGACAUCGGUGGAACACAGCUCUCUAAAAUUGUUAUUGGAUCUGACGAAGAGGCCGCACUUACGAAAGCAAUAAAACAAUGUUUUCCAUCGUCUGCGAAUAUACUUUGUUCGCGCCAUUUGGAGGAGAAUGUUCGCCGAUAUUUGACAAACAAUAUUGGGGUAAGUGACAAAGUUAGAAAACAAGUUGUAAGCGAUAUUUUCGGGAAGCAUGGAUUAACGUCUUUUAACGAGGUCAAAAAGUUCGAACUGAAAUUAAUGAAACUUUCCGACAAAUACUUGAAAUAUUUACCUUCGUUCGAAGAAUACUUCAGAAAAACUGCACAAAAAAUUCGAUCUGGCGUUCUUCAACCGCGCAUAGAGAAUAAGUGGCUUCCUAUUAACUGGAAGAACAAUUCAUGUGAGUCAAUGAACCACAUCAUUAAGCUCUCGGCAAAUUGGAAGACAAUGAAAUUGCCAGAUUUGAUCGAAAGACUUUACAAGAUUGUCAAGCUACAGCAAGCUGAAUGUAGGAGAGCUUUAUACGGUCAAGGAAACUAUGAGUUAGCCCCGUGGAUGUCGAAAUGCAAAAUACAAUAUGUACACUGGACACAAAAAACGAAAGAAGAAAAAGAAGCAUUGUUCGCAAAAUUCAUGAAGGGUAUGCCAGCAAAGAAAAAAACUGUUUCCUCUACAGAUGGUCGCCUAACAAUUCCAAAAACGUGUAAAACUGCGAAGAAACCAGGCCAAAGGAAAAGAGUAAAAAGUUUGAAAACAAUCACCAGAAACAGAAAUAUUAAGUGA